AUGACAUUGUCGGGUCGCCAACUACUUUGCCCUGUUCUUCUUGACAUCGGGAGUAGCCGCUCCGUGACGUUGCCGCAAUUUCAUCAGGAGGUGCGUUCUUCACUGCUCAGGGAGGUGGACCGCAUCCUGGCGCGUCAUGGUGAGCACAGCCGGUUACCGCAGCAGUCAUCAGCUGCUCUGGCCACCUCACCGAAAUUAUGGAUUCGUCCAUGCGGCUUUUCAGCGGAGCAGCCGCUGUUGCAGCACGACAGUUGGAAAAUGCCGUGGCAGGCGCACAUACAUGCCGUGCGGCAACGAGGCCGGAUGCCGUCUGCUGCUGCUGCUGCUGCUGCUGCACCCCAAAUUGGCCUUGAAACGGAAACGGCGCCGUUGUUUGGCACGCUUUCAUUGCCGUUGUCUGUUCGUGUUUCAAACGCCGCUGCAAAGGGAGAGGAAUGCGUGACGAUGAUGAUGGAGUUUUUUCGUGUGGAUGUCUUCAUCCCUGUUCACGUGCAGAUGUAUCAUGUGAUGCGUCGCAUUCUGGAACGGAGGGACCUGUGGGGCGUGGCACCCGUGGGAGUUGUGGUGCCGACACAUCACACAGAGUACUUUAUGGAUGCAGCGCGGCGCAUGCAUGAACGUGUGUCGAGGUCAACGCUUUCUGGAUGUGACGAUGUGCCAAGUGUUUUGGUGUACAAUCCCAAAGGGCUCCAGUUCCAGUCACCAUGA